CUCUCUACUCCCAGACUCUCUGCUCCCAGACUCUCCCAGACUUUCUGCUCCCACUUUCUGCUACCAGAGUCCAUGGUAGCAGUGUGGGAGCAACAUGCGGUUUGAGGAUCUGUUCGAGGAAGUGGGGGGCUUCGGACGCUUCCAGCUGCUGAUGUUGUUGCUUCUGUGUUUCCCCCGCCUGAUCCUCCCCAUGCACUUUCUGCUCCACAACUUCCUGGCUGCGGUACCUGCCCACCACUGCCAGCUACCGGAUCCCGGGCAUCAGAAUCUGAGCCAGAGAGACAGGCUAUUGCAGCACAUCCCACAGGACAGCGAGGGGGCUCGCAGCUCCUGCCGCAUCUAUAUUCAACCCCAACUCCACCUCCUCAGCAACAGCACCUUCCAGGCUAACAGUUCUGCAGACGUCCCCUGCCCCAGAGGCUGGGAGUAUGACUACAGUCAAUUCACGUCCACCAUAGUGACUGAGUGGGAUCUGGUGUGCGAGUGGAGGAGUCUGAACCAGGCGAGCUCUGCUUUAUUCUACGUUGGAGUCAUGUUCGGAUCCAUCAUCUUUGGCUACUUAUCAGACAAGUUUGGCCGGCUGCCGAUGCUGGUGGUGUCUCUGGUGUCGUCAUCAGUGCUCGGCAUGGUCACCGCGUUCUCCACCUCCUUCCUCAUGUUUGCAGUGAUGAGGAGUCUCUGCGGAGUGGCCUUAACUGGCAUCGCCAUCAUCUCCAUCACCCUGUGUGUGGAGUGGAUUGACCUGCAGCAUCGGACAUUUGCGGGGAUUAUCAGCAGCCUGGCCUGGAGCACUGGCAACAUACUGCUGGCACUCAUCGCCUUCUCCAUCCGCGACUGGCGUUGGCUCCUCUUCUCCAUCUCAGCUCCGUGCAUCCUCUUCAGCGCCCUCUGCUGGUGGAUUCCAGAAUCCGCACGUUGGCUGCUGGCGAAUGGGAAGACAAGACUGGCUCAGACGUACCUCACUAGAUGUGCCAGAAUGAACAGGAGAAAGGACUUUGCCCCGAAGAUAAGCUGUGAGGUGUUAGAAGCAAUCCAUCACCCUGCCCCCAGGGCUCAGCACGAGAAGGACCGAGUACUGGAUAAGAUCAUCACCACAGAUGAGUCCUGCAAACAAUAUUCCUACUGGCACCUGGUCAAGACCCCACGGAUGAGGAGACUGACUGUCUGUUCCGGAAUAGUCUGGUUCGGCACGCCCUUUGCCUAUUACGGCAUCAGUUUGACCAUCACGGGGUUCGGGCUGAACAUGUACCUGACUCAGCUGGUCUAUGGGGCCAUCGAGGUGCCGGCCAAGCUGCUCUCCUAUCUGCUGCUGGAUCGGGUGGGACGCAGAUGGUGCCAGGCCGGCUUCAUGAUCCUGACUGGCCUCCUCUUGUUAAUCAGCAUUAUCAUCCCCACAGACCUAAGUAUUGCCCGUUCUGCCAUUGUUAUUCUUGCCAAAGGAUUCUCUGAGGCUGCGUUCACCACCGCAUUCCUGUACACAGCAGAGAUGUACCCCACUGUGGUCAGACAGAGCGGGCUGGGAUACACGUCCUUUGUCGGGCGACUGGCAGCUUCGGUGGCGCCUGUGGUCAAGCUGUUAGAUGAGUUCUGGAUGCAUUUGCCGACAGUGAUUUUUGGCACCACCAUUGUCUUGUGUGGAGCCAUUGCCUUCCUCUUGCCCGAAACAUCCAACGUCCGACUGCCUGAGACCAUCGAGGAUGUGGAAUACCAGAGACACCUUGCUCCCACUGAGCCGGACGCGGAAGAGAAACCAGGAAUCAGCAUAGAGUUUCUGAAACUGAGUGAGCACUCCAGCUGUACCACCUGACACCGGCACUGCUCCCUGUCUACACCACACAGCACAGCACCCUGUCUACACCACACAGCACAGCACCCUGUCUACACCACACAGCACAGCACCCUGUCUACACCACACAGCACAGCACCCUGUCUACACCACACAGCACAGCACCCUGUCUACACCACACAGCACGGCACCCUGUCUACACCACACAGCACUACACCACACAGCACUGCACCCUGUCUACACCACACAGCACAGCACCCUGUCUACACCACACAGCACGGCACCCUGUCUACACCACACAGCACGGCACCCUGUCUACACUACACAGCACGGCACCCUGUCUACACCAUACAGCACAGCACCCUGUCUACACCACACAGCACAGCA